AUGGAAGACGUCGCAGCAUACUGCUCGUGGGCUGAUGCACAACUCCAGGAAGACCAUUCAUUUCUUCGCGCUGUGCCGACUGAAGUUCGGUCACUCAUUCUACAGGCGACAUCGCCACAUUACCUCGAGAUCCUUGCUAACAUAUCGCGAGACCGACGAUACACCGAUGCAGUCUUUCCACUCUACAAACCACUCUUUCCGGAAUUUGUGGCCAGAUGGAACGCCGCGAUCUCAUCUUCAGAUCUCGGCGAGAUCAUCUCUACCUUGUCAUGUCUAGCUCGGGCCUUGCCACUUGCUACCUAUCUCCGGCCUCAUGUCAGGUCACUGCUCCGCACAACUCAGCUACGGCAAUUGCUGUUUGACGUGCAGGACUCCGUCCCUGAGCUCGAAGAUGACGCGACACAAUCACUUUUGCUCUCGCUGUUUCGCUUCCUGUCUUGCGACUGGGACAUCCUUUCCGGAACUGUUGGGCCCCUCUUCUUGUCGGCGUACCUACGGCACCGGUCCCUUCCACUCAGGUACUUGGCCAUCCAGUGCCUGUGUAUGAUUAUGCAUUUUGCAGACGCUUAUUCGGAGAAGUUGGUCGAGACGUACAUCGGCAAGCAGGCGAUAUUGGGCGAGUGGGAAGGCAGAAGUAUCGACUAUCGACUUCUGAAGCUUUGGGAAGAAAGAAGAUGGAAGGACCUAGCGAAGGCAGCAACUACCGUUGAACAGUCCUGGCAAUCGACAUCCCAGCCUUCUGCAAGCAGGCGAGAUCUGAAUCCUGUUGACUUCUCGCCUCACACCACCAACAUUGGUGGAGUUCUACACUCUCGUUCUCCUGAGCACUCUUCACCCAUCUCGGAAUCAGCCUUUGUCCUUACAGCCACGGCAAAACGCAAUUUACGUCAGCUGGGACAAUGUCUUUUAGAACCGAAACCUAUUUUUAUAUCGGGUCAGGCCAGCUCAGGCAAGACUUCGCUCGUCCAUGAGGCUGCCAGACUCCUCGGCCAACAAGCAUCGAUGAUCACACUGCACCUCAACGAACAAACCGAUGCGAAGAGCCUUCUCGGGAUGCAUACGUCGUCAGCCGAUGGCAACUCGUUUACCUGGCAGCCCGGAGUCUUGACCAAGGCCAUGCAACAGGGAAGAUGGGUUUUGGUAGAGGAUAUUGACAGGGCGCCGGCCGAGGUCAUGGGAGUGCUCCGUCCUAUCCUUGAGAAUGGUGAGCUCUUCCUGCCCAGUCGCAAAGAGAAGAUCCGUCCAAAGGCUGGCUUCCGCAUACUGGCAACGAUGAAGACUAGUUCUCAAUCUUCCUCUACCGCAUCUUCUCGGUUUUCCUGGCUACUCAAUGCUCGACUCUGGACCAUAGUCGAAACCUCUCCGUACCCACUGGAGGAGGUUGAGUUCUUGCUUCGUGCCCGCUAUCCUUCUGCCGCUGUCUUCAUCACAAUGGUCCGACAGACUCAUGAGAGCCUCCUCCGCUUGUAUGACGUCCAUCACUCCCUCAAGGGUCUCCAGACGCGUCAGCCGACGUUGCGGGAUCUGCUCAACCUGUGCAGGAGAAUUGUCCGCAGGUUACGCGCCUACGGCCCGGUCUCGGAAUCGACUGCGCUUCCAGAACAGAUCAAGUUGGAUAUUUUCAAGGACGCUGUUGACUGCUACGCGGGCUUCCUCAACAGCGAAGAACUACACGAACUUGUGGCAGCCAGUAUUGCGACGUCAAUGGACAUCUCUCCUCAGCGAAUGCGAUACUGUCUGAACGACAUGCUCGCAAGCGUGAUCGAGCACAACCAGGUAAUCCAGGUAGGUCGAAGUACUUUGCACCGAAUUUCCAGCCGUCGUCGGCAAUCAAAGAAAGCCGCUUUUGCAUCCACCACCUCAGCCCGAAGAACGCUUGACCGCAUCGCGGCCAGCGCUGAGUGUUCGGAACCUACCCUCCUGGUUGGUGAAACUGGCGUCGGGAAGACUACUCUGGUCCAGCACGUGGCGAGCUUGGUGGGUCAAACACUCACCGUGGUCAAUCUUUCACAGCAAAGCGAGGCAGGCGAUCUGCUGGGUGGACUGAAGCCUGUGACCACUCGCUCCCUGAUAAUUCCGGUCGUGGAAAGGUUUAAUGCGCUGUUUGAUGAUACAUUUUCUACCAAGCGGAACGAAAAGUUCCAGAUUGCUAUGGCAAAAGCAAUUGCAAAGCAGAAUUGGCCACGGCUGAUGAUCCUCUGGGAUCAAGCCGUCCAGAUGGCCGCGACGGCGCUCAAAGCUGUUGAAGUCCCCAGCACUGACGGAGUCGCUCGUACAAGCAAGAAGCGAAAGCUCGAAACUCCUAAGUACGAAGUCCUGCGCCAGAGAUGGGCUGACUUCUCCGAGAACUUCAAGCAAGUUCGGUCUGUCGUCGACCGCGGUGACAGGACGCAUGCCUUUGCCUUCGUUGAAGGGAGAUUGGUUCAAGCUGUGCGGGAGGGCCAAUGGGUACUUCUUGACGAGAUCAACCUGGCACCAUCCGAUACUCUUGAUCAUAUCGUCGGUCUUCUUCAAAAUGGCGAUGAAGGACGACCGACGCUGUUGCUCGCCGAGGCAGCCAAUAUUGAGACGAUCGUCGCCCACCCAAACUUCCGAGUCUUUGCUGCCAUGAAUCCAGCAACGGACGCGGGCAAGAAAGAUCUCCCACCGGGAUUACGGUCACGAUUUACCGAAAUCUACGUUCCCUCUGGAGACGACAACUCAGAAGACCUGACCAAGAUCAUCCAGACUUAUCUAGGCUCUCAGCUUGACAGCGACAGCAGGGCCGCUUUAGAUCUUGCAAAGUCUUACCUCGCGCUCAAGAAGCUCAACGAAGAGCGCCAACUGACCGAUGGAGCGGGCGAAACCCCCCAUUUCAGCAUCCGGUCGCUGGUCAGAUGUCUGUUAUACGUCUCACAGCACGGUGCGAGCCUAGGGUUGAGACGAGCCAUGUACGAAGGGUAUGCGAUGAGCUUCUUCACUGUUUUGAGUAGAGCGUCGGAAGACAUAGCUCUACCCCACCUCGAAAAGCAUCUUCUCUCGAAUAUCAAGAACAGGAAGGUUUUCUUUAGUCAACAGCCAAAGAUGCCACACGAGGGAGAGGACUUCGUUGCCUUCAGACACCACCUUGUCAAAAAGGGUCCAAUGAGUCCCGACCUCCAACCACAUUACAUCAGAACGCCAUCAGUCGAGCGCAACUUGCUCAAUCUCGCUCGAGCCGCUUCGAUGGGACGCUUUCCUAUUCUUCUCCAGGGGCCAACAUCAGCUGGCAAGACAAGCAUGGUGGAAUACCUCGCAAAGCUAUCAGGCAACAAGUUUGUGAGAAUCAACAACCAUGAACACACGGACCUGCAAGAGUACCUCGGCUCUUACGUCUCUGAUACUGAGGGCAAGUUAGUAUAUCAGGAAGGAGUUUUGGUGCAUGCGCUACGCUUCGGCCACUGGAUCGUGCUUGACGAGCUGAACCUCGCGCCGAGUGAUGUACUGGAGGCACUCAACCGCCUACUUGACGAUAACAGAGAGUUACUGAUACCGGAGUCCCAAGAAAUUGUGCGACCACAUCCGAACUUCAUGCUCUUCGCCACUCAGAAUCCGGCUGGCCUCUAUGGUGGGCGGAAACGUCUCUCCCGGGCCUUUCGUAACCGGUUUCUCGAGAUUCACUUCGACGACAUCCCUGAGAAAGAGUUGGAGGUCAUCCUCCGUGAGAGGACUCAGAUCGCACCCCCGUUCUGCGCCAAAAUUGUCGCAGUGUACAAGUCUUUGUCCCUUCUCAGACAGUCCUCGCGACUCUUCGAACAGAGAAACAGCUUUGCGACCUUGAGAGACCUAUUUCGCUGGGCUUCAAGACCUGUGGACGACUGGCAGUCCUUGGCAUACCACGGAUACAUGCUCCUGGCUGAGCGAGUAAGAGAUCCUGCAGAGCGGGCUGUGGUCAGAGAGACGCUGGAAAAGGAAAUUAAAGUCAAGCUCGAUGAGAAUGUUCUGUAUGGAAUGACGAAAAUUCCGGAUUCUGUUCGGCAACCUGGCUCACUUGUAUGGACCCCUGCUAUGAGACGAGUCUUCGUGCUGGUUGCUGAAGCAUUGAAGAACAAAGAGCCGGUGCUUUUGGUCGGCGAGACAGGCUGUGGAAAAACCCAGAUCUGUCAGGUGAUCGCAGAAGCGUUUCGAAGACCUUUGGCCAUCUACAACGCACAUACCAACACCGAAACUGGAGAUCUUAUCGGUUCUCAGCGGCCAGUCCGCAACCGCUCGGAUCUUGCCUCUGAUGUAUCCGCCAGCUGGCGAGCUCUGGUUCAAUUCGAGGCCGACAACACCACGCUCGCGGAUCUGGAGGUGGACCAGAUCAUUCAGGACUUUGCAAAGCUGGAUAAAACGAGAUUCGACCCUCAUGCUGUGGAGCAGGUUCGAUCGUGCAUCGGAGCGUACCAAUCUCUUUUUGCUUGGAGUGACGGCAGUCUCGUCAGAGCGAUGAAGAGAGGCGAAUUUUUCCUGCUUGAUGAGAUUUCGCUUGCUGAGGAUUCCGUCCUCGAACGUCUGAACAGCGUUUUAGAGCCAUCGCGAACGAUCCUACUCGCCGAAAAAGGUUCUAUCGAUAACCUGGUCAUAGCCCAUCCGGACUUUCAGUUCUUGGCCACAAUGAAUCCAGGCGGCGAUUAUGGAAAGCGAGAGCUGUCGGCAGCGCUGCGGAAUCGACUGACCGAGAUUUGGGUGCCGCCUUUGUCCCGAGAGUCAGAUAUCUUGCCCAUUCUCCAGCAGAAGCUCGAUCCAGCGAGGCGCCACUUGGCCGAGAAGAUGCUGAAUUUCGCCACGUGGUUCCGCGCAGAAUUUCACAGUGCUACGGUUCAAAACAUAGCUCUGCGAGAUCUGCUUGCAUGGGCUGAAUUCGUCAACCUUGCUGGUUCUCUCCCGGGAGACCUGGCAUUCUUACAUGGUGCAUUCAUGGUGUAUGUCGAUUCGAUCGGCGCAAACCCUGCUGGUAUGACUUCCUUAGGAACGACGGACCAAGACCAGUCCAAAGAGAGGUGCUUAGACCGCCUACAAAGCCUGGUGGGCUUGCGAGUCGUGGAACUGUAUCAGCAAACUCCCGGGUUGUCCACCACCGCUGACCGCCUUUCUGUUGGCUCAUUCUCCUUGCCUCGCACCGUUAGUGGAGACCGCGAUUCCCCCGAACUUGUCUUCGACGCCCCGACAACGCUACGGAACACCAUGAAGAUUGUCCGAGCCCUUCAAAUGACGAGACCUGUUCUUUUGGAAGGCAGCCCGGGUGUCGGGAAGACCGCGAUAGUAACAGCGCUUGCUCAUGCCUGUGGCAAACCAUUCACGCGGAUCAACCUGUCCGAUCAGACCGACCUCAUGGAUUUGUUUGGUGCAGAUGUUCCUUCCGAAAAUGACGAGAUGGGUAAAUUCUCAUGGCAAGACGGGCCUCUCCUCCAAGCCAUGCAAUGCGGUGGCUGGGUCCUGCUUGAUGAGAUGAACUUGGCAUCCCAGUCCGUGCUCGAGGGUUUGAAUGCUUGUCUGGACCACCGCAGAGAAGUUUACAUCGCAGAAUUGGAUAAAUCUUUUGCCUGCCAUCCAGAGUUUACGCUGUUCGCCGCCCAGAACCCGCAUCACCAAGGAGGAGGUCGCAAGGGCCUACCGGCGUCCUUUGUCAACCGAUUCACUGUCGUCUAUGCCGACUCGUUCCAACACGAGGAUUUGCUGCGCAUCUGCCAAACACGGUACCCCGAUAUCGAUCGCGAGCAACUGAAAGUACUCAUCGACACUGUCACUAGACUAGGAAACGCCAUUUCUCACGUGUCGGCAUUUGCACACGGAGGCCCAUGGGAAUUCAAUUUGCGAGAUGUGAAUCGGUGGCUGCGACUAUGCAAAGACCAGCCCAUUCUUCCCAUGUCUUCUCACCUUCGGACUAUUCUUAUACAACGGUUCCGCAAUCCUGCUCAGCAGGAGAUAGUACUGAAAGAGGCCGAAGCAGUGUUAGGAAGCGUAUCCUCCGAAAGCUUCUACAACAAUAUCUCGACGACAAUUUUUCAAGUCGGCAGUGCAUUCCUCUCUCGAGAUAGUGUCCUGCAAGAUACUCAAUCACCGAACUCGGCUCUUACUGUCACACAACUUCCUGCUGCGAACUCUAUCAUCACAGCCGUCAGGCAGAACUGGCCUGUUAUCCUUGCUGGUCCUUCAGGUGCUGGGAAGACUACGCUGCUUAGAUAUCUGGCAGCUGCAGCGGGCGUAGAGUUGAUUGAAUUCUCUAUGAAUGGUGACGUGGACGCCAUGGACCUCGUGGGGGGCUUCGAGCAGUACGAUUCACAUCGAGAUGUGUCUGUCUUCCUAGUUCACGUCAAAGAAGUUCUGCGACGACGUAUUGCAGCAUCCACCGAGCUUGAGAACAAUGAAGAAACACGGGCGGCCCUGCUGAAGGCCUGGCGAUACUUCGAAGGUGAAAACAUGACGAUCGAGGAUAUUCCAAUGGUAUUACCUGAGCUUCUCAGACUUCUGCCAGAAUCAAGGGUGCCGAUCAAAAUGUACUCCGAGAGUCUUCGCGCGGCUGAUCACAGCGGCUUUCGCUUUGUCUGGAAUGAUGGUGUACUCGUCGAUGCCGUCGAGAAAGGUUCAUGGCUAGUGCUCGAUAACGCCAAUCUGUGCAGCCCUUCCGUCCUCGACAGACUUAACUCACUGCUUGAGCCUGAUGGACUGCUUACCAUAAGCGAGCAACAUAAUGGAGGCGACGGCACAAGAAUCAUCAAGCCACACCCAAAUUUCAGGAUCUUCAUGACGAUGGAUCCACGGUAUGGAGAGUUAUCACGAGCGAUGCGCAAUCGAUCCGUCGAAAUCUUCUUGCCUGAUGGGCAUGAGGCUCGUUUGACCACCGAGCCUGUUCAGUACCCGCUGUCUUCCUCAGUCAGUCGGUUGAGACAUUUAUUCGAAGGGGCCAGUCAAUCUCCGCCAUGUCAGGUCAAAGAAGCCAUGGUUGACAAUCUGACUGCUGAUGACAUGGCAAUAAUCUCAACUCCUGAUAGCACGCUUCCUGAUACCCCCGACAUCAAAGCAUGCCAAGUGGACCUUAGCAUAAGACAAUCUUUCGAUGUACAACUAGUGCGCCAGAUAUCUGGUUUCCUAGAGAUCUCUGCAAUAGAGUGGCCACAACUGGCGAUCCUCAAUGAGCCCCUGGUCUUGCUGAACGGGUAUGCCGACUUUGCCAAGCUCUUCGUACGAUGUUGGUACUUGAUGCGACGAAUGGCGGAGAUUGAUUCAAUGUUAAAGAGUGCAUCAAGGCGUGCAGGUACUGUGGCCUUGAAAGACAGAACGAUUCUUGAGCGGUCAGCUUCUACCACAAGCCGCAAGGAUCUGGGUACCAUUCCCAAUGCUACUGCCUUUGCUAAGCUACUGGUCUCGUCGAUUGCUGCUGCUUUCCGGAGCGCGCUCCACAGCCCACAGCUGGCGGAUUUGGUUGGCGCAUGCGACCAGUUGCUUACAUUCGCACACCAGAUUCUGGUCCUUUGCAACAAUAGGAGCCUUGACGCGGCAUACUUCCAGGCGCAUGUGCAGGUUGGGACGCACAUAGCCGAUAAGGUCGGACGAAUCUUCCCCGAACUGGCUUCCAUUUUUUCAGAAUCCCUCGAAGCUUUAUCGGUUCGCGACCAUGUCCUGACUACCGGCUUCGGGCUCCAGCUCAUGUGGCAUACCUUCCGACCCAGGACUGCUACAACGCUGUCUCAACUUCAUGUCCAACUUGGCUUGGAAGGGGUCAUCGCGAGAUUCGAUCGAAUCUGUCGCUACCUUCCGCAAUCCAGAAGUUCGUUGUCGGCAGUGAGAUCAGACCUGCAGCGUGCUUAUCAGUCGAUUGUCAAGUCGGCGCAGCCGGGGAGCUCGUUGGAGGUUCUCGAGAAUGCUGUGACUGACCUGGAGGCCCAGGCAAAGCAAGGCUAUAAGCUGGAAGGUCAAUUCGAGGAUGUGAUGCAAUUCGUUCACAGGGUCAUCACUGUUCAGGGGCAGGAGAACCAGCCAGACCUCGAUUUGCUGACCAUGUUCAUUCCAGAACUCGACAAGCCUCUGCUCGACAUGGGAGUGGAAGAGCCUGUUCCGAUGUCGUUGACUCGGCUUUCAUCAUUCGAGGCUGGGAUCUUGCUGAGUGGUGGCUGCAUAGGGGCAAGACUAGCUCAACGGCUGCUCGCUAUACAAAAGCAGCCCCUCGGGAUGCUGAACCAUGCCAAGGAGGAGCUUCAAGUGCUCGUUAGAGUGAUCACCUCUCAUACCAACCUCUUCGGGAACCUGAUUCGACCAGUAGUUGAGAAUCUACGUGUGGUACUUGGAGGCAUGAUGUUCUCGCAUCGUGACCUUCUCACAAAACAGGCACAAGCUUGCUUGCCUGAGCAGGGCUCGCCCAAUCUUGCUGGCUUGGCUGUUCUUUCGAUUGAGGAUACGAUUGUCCCCGGAAGGAUUCACGAUGCCUUCCGCGACGUAUAUCGACACCUCGUCCAUCCCGUACUGCUACAUCUUGCUGAGAAUGGUUCCGGCUUCGGCCUUUUGGGGCUCAAAGAGCUAAAGACAUGUCUCAUCAACUUGUCCCUGGCUGGGCUCAUUCUGAUGGUGCCCAACAAGAUGUUUGACCCAGCCACGUUUCCAACCAUUGCGCACCACCUUCACGAAUACCGAACUGCGGCUCUUCGGAGCAGGAUUGAGGGCCACAAACAAUUCCAUAGGAAGGUGACCGGGCAAGACACCGCCCUUCUUAUCCGCGUCCUUGAGCGGGAGCUAGUCGAAGUGGGAACCAGUUCUCCUCCCCAAACAGUCCUCAGGCCGAGCAAAGACGAACACUUCAAGCUUCAAGAAGCUUUCAACGGAAUCGUGAAUGUGAUCUUGCAUCAUGGGGACGCCGGUACUUCUCCAAGUAUGCAGCCAGGCAGUGCAGAGUGGACUGAACAAUGGUCGAGUCCACGAGGAAGGUCAAAUGUGAACGUUAUCGUCGAGCGCCUCGAAAAGGCUGAUCGUAUGUACGACGACUUUGCGAAACCGAUACUUUGGUUCUUGAAAUGCUUAUGCCAGGGCCUGGAGCUUGAAGCACCAGAAAACCCGAAAGUCAAGAAAAGCGACGCUAUCGAUGGGCUUGUCGUGGCCACACCGUUGCUGUCUGCAAAUCCAGUUGCUUUUCACAGUUGGACCAUCAGUCCGACCUCACCCCCGGAUCUAAGAAUGCACUGGCUUGGCCAUAUCCAGCUGAAGAGUGCCCUGGUAGGAAAGCCUUGUCGGGUCCCUGUGGACGACUUUCUCGGUAUCCUUGACAGCUUCUACUACGAAUGGAAAGAGCGAUUGACUCGUGAUCAAGUCGAAGCUGCGGAAAAGUCUCGAUACUACACUUAUCGUGGAGAUUCGGCCCAGCUCGAAGAGGAUGAUGACCGUGAGAUGAAUGCAAUGUUUCCGAAUUUCGACGAGGAUGUGGGAGAAACUGAAGUACGCAUGAAUGAGUGGGAUGCGCGUGCCACUGCAGUCAGGCUCAGCACACUGCACCAGAAGAUCUACUCCGAGCAGGGUGCGCAAGAAACUAUGCAAGCAUUCAUUCUCUCCGCGGUUGAAACCUUGUCCAAGAAUGCCAAGACCAGUACCCCCAAUUCAGAGAUCUCCUUCGUUGGGUUGCUACCUGCAAUUCUGCUGCAAAUGGAGUGCAAGAUGACCGAGCUGGACGGCAGUCAAGAAGUCGGCAGUUUCAACAUUUAUGCCGACUCGGACAUCGCACAGAGUCAGAAGCUUUUUGACCUUGUGCACCAGAUCCAAUCCAGGUUCUAUACAAUCCAGGAGAAGUGGCCGGAGCAUGCUGUCCCUGCAGAGGUCCUGACAUUCUGCACCGAGGUCCUUCAUCUGAGCUUCGGAGAUCCGGUCGCCAAGCUCCUCACGAAGACCGAGAAGCUUUUUGAGAUUGUGUCGCAAUGGCAGAGCGUCGCCAGCAGAGAAUGGUCCGUUCAUGAGCUCGUCGAGAAGCUGUCCUCCCAAAUAAUCAGCUGGCGGCGCAUGGAGUUGUUAUCAUGGUCGAGGCUACUGGAUGAAGAGACACGUAGACACGAGCAAGACGCCCAGGCAUGGUACUUUAUUGCCUACGAGGCAAUCAUCUGCAAUUCCAGGAACAUCAACUCUGAGGAUGGUGAUCCAAUGAGUUAUCGGACGACUCUUGUGCAAACGUUGGAGGAGUUUCUGAAGUCGACGACCGCGGGCCAGUACUCGUCACGAUUGAAACUGCUUGCCACCAUCAACAAGACCUUGCACGGGCAGAGAAGCCACUCGCAAGAACCGCAGUCAAUCGCUGCUUCUGUACAAGCCGUCAUCGAGCACUACCAGCGGUACGAAGCAGGUGUAGAGGCCUCGAUACGCAAGGGUCGUUUAGAGCUCGAGAAGGCGUUGAGUGAGCAAAUCAAGCUUGCAAGCUGGAAAGACACCAACAUCACGGCGCUCCGUGAAAGUGCACGACGGUCCCAUCACAAGUUGUUCAAAAUUGUGAAGAAAUAUCGGAACUUGCUCAACCAGGCUGUUGUGCUCAGCCCGCCGGAAGAGGCAACCGGGCAGGUGCCAGCAGCGCCGCUUGUCACCGAGCUUGAUUGGCCUCAGAGCAGUGAAGAUCAGGUUUUCGCGGCCGUUGAACGAAGCCGGCUACGGCUGCAAGACUGGGACAACAGGCCAGAGCGUCUUACCAAGCCUUUCGGGGCUGCCAGGAGCAUACAGCACCUGUACCGCUCGAAGAACACCGAUUUUGACGUACGAGACGAGAUAAUGUCCUUCCGGCAAGAUUUGACGGAGAGCAUCAAGGAAUUACGGAUGCAGACUCCCUCGUUGCUCACAGAGGACAAUGCGCCGUUUGUCCGUCAUUUGCAAGAGAGGAAGAGACGGUUGCUCGCCGAUACUCUCAAAGCGGUUGCUCAUAUGGGCAUCAGGAGGAAUCUUCCAACAUCCGAGCUCGAGAAGCAGUCCUCAACCGCGUCGAUCCUGGCUUUGCCCAAUCAUGUCGCAAUUCAACAACGUUUGCCAGUCGUGGCGGCUGCAGAUAGCACAUUCCAUGAAUUGCUCGACGUCAUGUCCCAGGUUCGCGCAGCUCGAAAAGGACACUCUGACGAUCUGACCGACGGCGAAAUUAACCGCUGUGUAGGAUUGUUGGAGGGCCUACUAUCUGUCACGAUCGGGCAAAGACAGGCCAAUCCCCAGCAGGCGCACGACUUGGAUGCAAUUCGCUUACAGUUGGUGUUGGUCCAAUCCGUUACCGCUUCGUCGCCAGGUGAGCUUGUAUGUUUGACAAUCUCGAACGGCACCAUCCAGGCGGUGCAAGAACAUCUUACAUGGCUGACUCAGGUUCUGGCGGUGGGCUGUCGCAUCUUGAAGUUCCAGGCAGACCAUGCCGGCCUUGACCUGAAAGACCUAAUCGCCACCCUCCAGUCUUAUGCUAGUCAGACAGAAGACCUGAGGAGAGCACUCAGUGACCUCCCUGACGCUCCACCAGGAAUGGCGUGGAACGUUUCAAGCGUCAUUUUUGAUAAGACCGUGCAUCUUCUGUCUCGGAUGGGUUCAACUCUUCGACAGUGGCAAGUCAGGGAGCCACGUGUCGAAUUUCUUGUUUCCAAGCUUCUCGUGUGGACGGAGGGAUUGCCAACAGUUCCAAAUGGAGGUCAGAACUUACAGCCACAAAUCACACUUGAAGAGUUCGACCAGGAUCUCAGAGACACCAUGGAUCAGGUCUUCGUGGCUUUGCAGAGACUAUCUGCCGGCCAGCCAGACUUGCCCGAGUCAGAGGAAGAUGCCGGUUGGCUGAUCAAAUCAGACAAGCACGUCGUGGAAGGCAUGCGAUUGCUACAAGUUGGCAGCCUCGCUCGUCGCAUCGAUCAACAUGUGAUGUGCAAGCUGCAAUUUCUGUCUCCUGCAGAUUUUGAAGCGGCCAAGGACUUGCUAAUCAUCGCCAUGCCUAUUUUCAAACAGUUCCAUCACAUCGGCGAACACUUCCAUAACCGCCAGGCCGCGACUUACCUGGAAACGUGUCGUCUCGCGUUACAACUAGCGAGGUCUUUUACGACACUUGUGAGCCAGGGUUUUUGUCGUCCAUCUGAUCCUGCCGAAGGACAAGAAGAGCAGUCUGGAAAACUCGAAUCUGGCACUGGCUUGGGUGAAGGGGAGGGAGCCGAGGACAUCAGCAAGGAUGUGCAAGACGACGACGAUUUGUCCGAGCUUGCGCAGGCGGGACAGAAGGAGGAGAGAGGCGAUGAGAUGGAGCAUGCGGAAGAUGCCGUGGACAUGGGAAAUGAAGAUCUGGAGGGAGAAAUGGGUGAUAUGGACGACAAGGCUUCGGAUGAUGAGAAUGGUGAAGAUCGAUCUGGAGACGAAGACGAAGAUGAGAAGGACGUCGAUGAAGAAGCGGGCUCUGUUGACGACCUCGAUCCUGAUGCUGUCGACGAGAAAAUGUGGGAUGACAUGAAGAACGAGUCUGAGAAGCAGGACAAGGAGAUGAAGAACGACAAAGCAAAGGGAAAGAAAUUAGACGACAACACUGCUGCCGAUGGAGACACCACCGAGGAUGGUGACCUGGAAGGAGAACAAGAAGAAGCGAACGAAGAAGAUGAGGAUGGCGAAGGUGGCGAGCGGCCUGAAGGUGAACAGAUGGAUGCGCAUGUGGAUGAGGAGAAGGCUCUAGACCUGCCCGAAGAGCUCAACCUGGCCGGCGAAUACGAAAUGAAGGACGAUGAAAUUUCGGACGACGGCAUGGAUGAGCUGUCGGAUAUCGAGGAUCCUGCAGAGCAGGUUGGUGGUGUCGAGGCCGAGGAGACCGAAGACACCGAAAAGCAAGAUCAGCCAUGGGAUGACGCGGCUGACAACGAUAAGAUCGGCGCGGAAGAGGACGACGUCGGCAACGACGUUGCUCAAGACGACGAGAUCAUGGAAGAUCAGCCGGAAGAGCUGGAAGACGGUCCAGACGAUCAUGGUGCUCGCCAAGACGACACGGCUCACGACGCCGAAGAGAAUGCUGGCGGAGAGUCUGGAACCGCCAACGAGCUGCCAGAUGAUCUUGAUGCAGAACAGGACGUUGGAGGCAUGAACCAAGCCGACAAAGAUCCAAACCCUGAGCAAUCCCAGCCGGGCAAAGCACCCAACAACGGAGAAGAAGGCAAGAGCGGAGAAGGAGUCGUCGAACGUGGUACAGGACGGGCCGAAUCUCUUGAUUAUGAGCAAAACGAAUCGUUGCGGAAAUUGGCUGAUGUCCUUGAUCAGUGGCAUCAACGACGUGAGAUUCUGCCAGCGUCCGAACGCGAGAAUCAGGAGAGCCAGGCUGAGAAUGAGGAUAUGGCAGAUGCUGAUUUAGAGCAUGUCCGGGAGGAAGACGAAGGGGAUGCACAAGCCCUGGGAGCUGCGGGAGCCGACCAAGCGCAGAAUCUCGACCAAAGCAAGGCAAUCCAGGACGACGACGUUGAAAUGGACGAGAAUACGGCACCACCGGAUGUUAUGGAGCCGGAAGCACCAGAGGACAUCACUGAGAGAUUCUCCCGUCUCAAGGCGCAGUCCAAAUCAGCCGAGAGCAGAGAUAUUGGUGCCUUUGCUCCUGACCGCCAGCUACAACCGCCAGAAGAGGGUGAUCGACAGGAUGGCACGGAUGUGGCAUCGGAUGACCUUUCUCCUGAGAUUGAACACCUCGAGCUCAGCAACGACUCAGCGGAAGCGACCAAUCAACCCACCAGCAGCACGCACGCCGCUCAACUGUGGCACGAAUGCUCAACGAGCACACAUCAGUUCUCGCUCAUCCUAACCGAGCAACUCCGGCUCAUCCUCUCACCGACCACGGCGACCAAACUUCGCGGCGACUACCGCACAGGCAAGAGGCUCAAUAUUAAGCGCAUCAUCCCCUACAUCGCAUCCAACUACAAGCGAGACAAGAUCUGGAUGCGCCGAUCUGUGCCGAGCAAGCGGAAUUACCAAAUCAUGGUCGCCGUGGAUGACAGCAAAUCGAUGAGCGAGUCCGGCGCGGAUGUCCUCGCGUUUGAGACUGUCGCACUGUUGACCAAAUCCCUCGCCAUGCUGGAAGUCGGUGAGAUCUGCGUCGUCGGGUUCGGGGACUCUCCAAAGAUCACAAUCGCUCACCCGUUCGGCGUGCCUUUCUCGCCGGCCGAAUCUGGACCCAACGCCUUCCAGGCAUUCAGCUUCGGGCAACGAGGCACGGACGUCAAGGGUCUCCUCAAGCAGAGCAUCCAACUCUUCCGCGACGCCAGAAGACAACACCAAGCGGGAAGCGAGGAGCAAUGGCAGCUGCAGCUCAUCGUCAGUGACGGCCACAUCUCCGAUCACGACGCGGUCGCCCGACUCUUGCGGCAAGCCCACGAUGACGAGCGCAUCGUGGUUGUUUUCGUCAUCGUCGAUGCCGGACAAGAGAGUAUUCUCGACCUCAAAGAAGCCGUGUACGAACGGGAUCCGACCGCUGCAGAUGGGGCGGGAGGGGACGAGAUGAAGCUUCGCAUGAAGAGGUAUCUGGACGGAUUCCCAUUCCCGUACUACCUUGUGGUUAGAGAGGUGAGGGACUUGCCCAGCGUGCUAGCUACGGCACUGAAGGGCUGGUUCGGGAGCGUGGUUGAUGUUCAGUGA